GAUGAGAAGACCAGUCUGAGCCAGCACUACCUGCAGUAAAAGUCUGUUGAUAUUUUUUUUUAUUUGUUUUUUUCCCCCCAGGGAUUAAACUGUACAUUUUUUUAAGGAGGGAAAAGCCACAGAUUUCUCCAACAAUCUUUCCCAUUGAGCAAAAUGAAGAGUGUCAGAUUCCCGGAUUCUUGAAUGGAUUCAAUUAAGAAACAGCUGGAAAGCAUAGCUUUUAAAACCCCUGUCAAGGAACUGUUUGAACUGUAAUGUCCACAACACAGCAUAUCUGGAUGGGUUGUCUUAACCUCACUGGUGGAAAUGAGACUUUGCCCGGGAAGUACCCAUUUACUAUGCAGACUUCUGUUCUGCUCACGCUCCUGGUCAGUAUGCUGAUAAUGCUGACAGUGUUUGGCAACGCUAUGGUGGUAAUUGCAGUGACUACAAGCCGAGCCCUGAAAGCACCGCACAACUUGUUUUUAGUGUCUCUGGCAUCUGCGGACAUCUUAGUUGCCACCUUGGUGAUGCCAUUCUCUUUAGCCAAUGAACUGAUGGGCUACUGGUAUUUCGGUAAAGUGUGGUGUGAAAUCCACCUGGCUCUGGAUGUGCUCUUCUGCACAUCAUCAAUCAUUCACCUGUGUGCUAUAAGCCUGGACAGAUACUGGUCUGUGACUAAACCAAUUGAGUACAAUAUGAGAAGGACACCACGAAGGAUUAAAUGCACUAUCUGUUUAGUUUGGAUCCUGGCAGCUCUCAUUUCAUUCCCCCCACUCAUCACUAUGAAAAAGGACGAAGGUAAAAAAGACUCCCCUGUGUGCAAAAUUAAUGAGGAGAAGUGGUACAUCCUUUUCUCCAGCAUUGCCUCUUUCUUUGCACCCUGUGUUAUUAUGAUUAUGGUGUAUGUUAGAAUCUACCAGAUUGCCAUGAAAAGGACAAGAGCGCCACUACGAGGGAAGCAAAAGAGGAACGACAACUCAGAGGCCACCAAGUGUGGUUUGGACCCACAGAAAAUAAAUGACAGUGAAGAGGAUGCAAUGAAAGAGGGCAGCAAUAAAGAAGUCAAUGUACAUGAAGUGGAGGAGGAUCCCUCGUCUUCUGAUGGAAAUGAAAACAUCCUGUGCUCCUUGAAGAAGAAGAGGCCUGUGAUAACCAACGUGACUCAGCCGAAUCCUGGAGGAGCUUCUUCUCCAAAGGCAGAGGCAUCUUCCUCAGUGGAAGUGAACAGGUGGAAAGGAAGGCAGCACAGGGAGAGACGCUUCACGUUUGUCCUCGCUGUAGUCAUGGGAGUGUUUGUUCUGUGCUGGUUCCCCUUUUUUUUCACAUACUCCCUCACUGCUGUGUGUGACACCUGCUGCAUCCCAGAGAACUUGUUCAAAACGUUUUUCUGGUUUGCUUACUGCAACAGCUCAUUGAAUCCUGUUAUAUACACCAUAUUCAAUAAUGACUUUCGGAGCUCUUUUAGAAAAAUCCUCUGUAAGAGGACCACAGGCUUGUAAAUAAAACCUUUACAUCGACAUUGCGGUUCCCACAAAACGUCUAAUGUGAAGUUUGUUUACAGCUACUGUUCCACUGUGACAACCUGUGGGUUUUGGCUUUGAUAUUGUACAGAUAUCACAUCGUGGGGACACAUUUUUAUUUAAUACCUGGGUUCAUUAUGUGGACGCAUCAGUAUCAUUAGUGAAUUAUCAGCUCUAUGAUCUUUUUAUUGUCAUGCUUUUGAAUUUAUAGAUGUGAGAAGAAGACCAAAUGGUAGACAAACACAGAGAUGCCAGCAUAAGCAAAUGUGGCACGAUGGGGUCGAUAAUGGAGAGCCUAGCCUUGGGUUCAUAUUAUUACAACACUGACAUGGCAGCUCCAACGGACACUUUACACUGCAGCGUAAGAAAAUAUUUGCUCAUGUUGACUGUACUAUAUGCUACAAUAAAUCUCCGGCAAUGUAAAUAAGCAUGGCUGGUGAUAUUAUUAUGACUGAAAACUGAAUAAUGAGCUCUCAGCAGCAAUUAUUCAGGAGAGGAAAUUAGAUGUCAACAUGAUGCACGUUAUUUGAAAGCUACAUAGACCUGCCACAAUGAUAUGCAUUAACACCUGACCACAAUUAUUCCCUUCCAUCCUUUUUCAUAGACGUUGAACUGUUUCAACCUAUAAAGAAAUACAACUGGAUUACAAUGAUGACAAAUGCUAUAUUUGCAUUGCUAUUUGCAGACUGUUUACAUAUUGUUUUCAACUGUUUGAUAUUUUGCCAGUGCUUUUUUUUUCAAUGAAGUGUCCUUUUCUUCUGCUUUGAUUUAAUCUUGAUCUCGGGUUGCUUAUCUUCUAAUGUUUAAAUUACUGCCAUUUUAAGAGCAACAUUAUUUGAUGUAGUCAUCUAUGGCAUGGAUAUGGUGUUUUAACUAUACUAUAAAUUGUUACAUUUUUAAUACCAAUAAAUGACUUCU